UUUCUUCGACCAAUCAGGACUGCCUCCAAGAUCAACAAACGUACGGAAUGAAAUAAUGUCUAUGGAGAGGGGUUUACGUGCAACUUCACCAGUGCAUGUACAUGUUGAAGAUGAUGUCCCCAUACAUGUUCAUGUGAAACAGAAAACUAAAACUAAGAAGGCAGCUGGCAAGACCUCAAGUACAAAUCUUGCUAGAUCUGGACGCAUCAAGAAACCAUGUAGUGCCAAGGCUCGAGUAAAAAGUUCACAGACAGGUCCAUGGGUUCCUGCUCCUGCAAAAUCAUCAAGAAGUCAAAAGGUCACAUGGCAGGGCCCUACUCACAGACUUGAAAUAAACAACCCUACCAGAGUUGAGGACCUUUCUACAGAUGAAGAAGAACAGGUCCAUGAUCAAAUGAGAGGUUAUGAAAAGAAAAUAGACAGUCUCAUGACAGAGGUUGGAACUCUGAAAAAUGAGAAAUCUAAAGGAAAACGAAGGGUAGAGCUACAACACACAUAUAAAGAACUAGAAGACAAAGAAGAUAUGUUAGAGGCAUCUAAACAUGUGAUGGCUGAACAAUCCAGAGAACUAGACAAAACAAUGGAUGAGUUGACGUUAACAGAAAGAGAAAAUAGACUUUUGAGGAAGAGUGUGGAAUUGUUAGCCGAUGAAAAAGAUGAAGCAAGAUAUGAUACAGAAGUAUUAGGAACUGAGAGAGAAAGACUGAUGAAGAAACUAAUUGAAACAGAAAUGGAUGGGCAGGCUGCAGUAAAACAGAUUGGAGAGUUAAGAGAUGCUCUCAGAAGACUGAGAGAGGAAAACCGAAUUUCAUCUUCCGACAGCAAUAGACUAUCCAGACAAAAAGAUCUUUUAUUGGAAAAGAUGGCAGACUUUGAGGCUACAAAUAAAGCCUUGAGAAGAAUACUAAGAGAACAACAUGAAUAUGAAGCAGCUGCUAUCAGGCUUGGAGAGCAAAGGGAUGUUCUACUGAAGAAAUUGGCUGAUUCUGAUAGAAGAAAUGAGAGAAUACAUAUAGAGUUGGAUGACAGAGACCGACAUAUAAGAGAGCUAAGAGGUCAAAUAUCAGCUCAGAGGAACAAGAUAAAAGAUAAUGAUGAAGAGGUGGCUACCCUCUCAGGACUACAACAUUCGAUUGAACAAACAAGAGCACACUUACAAAAACAAUUACGUCAGAAAGAGGCUGAUUGUAACAGAAUGGCUGUACAAGUUAGGACAGUUGAAAGUUCAAGAGCACAAGAUAAGAUAGAAAUAGAACAUUUGACAGAAAUGUUGGCUAAAGCAAAAGAUAAAGCAGAGAGAGAUAAGGAAGCAUUGAAAAAGGCUACGAGAGUUCAGAAACAGAGGGCAACAAAAAGUCAUGAUGCUCUUGAACAGCUAAGUUCUCAACUUUUGGAAAAAGAUGCACAUGUCGAGGAGCUACGCUCUCAGCUUGAACAGAUCCACCCACGAUAUGAUAAAGUCUGCAAAGAAAAAUCACAAAUAUUGGCAGAGAAUUCCGCUCUAAAGACGAGGCUUGGUGAAGUAGAAGCCCUAAUGGACAGAGUAGAACACUCAUCUAAAUCACACACAGACACCAUUGUUGUAGAAUUGAGAGAAAAACAACAAGAAGUUGCUUAUCUCAAGGCAGAUAAUGAGAAAUUGAAGUCUUCCAUUGCUACCAUUGAAGCCAAGUUUCGACAAGCAGAUGAAGAGUUGAUACAACUGAGAGGAAAUCUGAAGCAGUAUGAAAAUCUGGUUGAAGAGUAUAAAUCUCAGAUGAAUAAAUCUCGUCGUGAAGCAGAUGAAACAAUGGCAGAAUUAGAUGAGGCUAAACAAGAGUCCCACAUGGCUCAAAGAGAGGGAGAAAUAGAAUUAGAAAAGGUAAAGGUUAGGUUACAUCAACGUCUCCAAGAGUUAGAGCCUUUACCAGAAAUGUUGAAAUCAUCGGAACUUAGGCUAUAUGAAAGUCAAGAACGGAUGAAUAUUUACGAGAAAAAAAAUGGAGAGAAUACAAAACUUAUAUCAGAGUUGACCGCUAAGGUUGAACAUGUAACAGAACAAAUGGACCAGAUGAGAAACAAAUGGCAUGACUCUCAAGAUGAGAACAAACUACUGGGAACCAAAGUGGACGCUUUAGAAAGAAAACUGCGAGAUUCAGAAGACCACAAUAGAGAUUUGUCCACAAAUAUUGCCAAAAGGGAUGAAGCUCUACAUCAGACAAAUUUACGGUUGGAAGAGAAAGUGAGAGAGAAUGCAGGUCUCACCAGACAACUUGAAAAUGCCUUGACAGAUCUCAGAAGACAAUCUGAAAAUGUUAGAGACAAACAAGGACAAAAGGAAAGAACAUAUCAAGCCAGAAUCACUGAUUUGGAAUCUCAGUUAAGUCAAGCCAGAGCUGAGAUUGCUAAAGUUAGGCGAGAGAAAGAGGAGAGUGAAAGAAAAUUUAAUUCCCGAUUAUAUGAUAUCAAAGACAGGUUAGAACAGUCCCACAGCACAAACAGAAGCAUGCAAAACUAUGUACAGUUUCUGAAAAAUUCCUAUGCUAAUGUAUUUGGAGACAGUGUUACCUCAUAUCCACCUACACCAAUAAGCUGAGACAUGAACUGAAAUCAUAGCUUAAAUUAUAGUAUUAUAUCAUUAAAAAGUUAGUCUCAAGAAUAGAAAGAUUAAUACAAGAUGGGUUAUUGAAAGAAUCUUUAAGAAAGUAGACUAAAGAGAUUUUAAACAAUUUGUUAGCUGAAUAUUUGUUGCCAGAAAUAAUCACAGAGAAUCUUAAUUUAAAUAUGAAAGGUUGGUGUCCAUUUGGGUGUUAUGUAUACUGUUGUCAUCAGUUUGACAUUUCUACAUUCAAUUUUAAAGAUGAAUUUUGUAUACUGUAGUUGUCCCAUAAUUUAAUAACAAUGCUUUAAGUCCAUUGCAGCUUUGUUCAUUUUUUUAAACAAUAAUAAUUUAAUCAAAUACUUUUACUUGAGUUUCUCUUUGUUUAGAGGCAUUCGCAAAUAUGAUUUUAUAAGAAUUACAAAGUUCUUUUUGCAUGUCUCUACACUGCAAACAUCACUUUUGAUACUGUAGUUCAAAUUUGAUGAGAAAUUUUCUCCUGUAUAGAUUUGUGAUUCUUUUUAUGACUAAUCUCACUACAAAAAAACAAUUGUGAUUUGGUGCCUUUCAAAAUAACUUACAAUCAAAUUUAGUCUUUAAGAUUUAUUUUUGAAAAGAGAUAUUGCAUUUUUUAUUAUUUGUAAUGAAGCAAAUUGAAUUCCAAUGUGCAAGGCGAAGGAUAAAACUCAGUGUUGUUUUGUACAUUACUUUGUUCUAAUAAUGUGAAGAAAAACACUUUCAAUUUUGGAUUAACGAACCAUACUUCACCAAUCUGAUGUAAAAAAAAAAAAAAUGGUGUUAAAAUUCAAUUUUUUUUGUCAGAACAUUUUUAAUAGGUUUUUCAAUUUCGAUUAUUUUUAAAACCAAACACUGAAGAUUUUAAACAAUUGUAUGACAACAGAGGCAAGGCAGCUUCAUUGCAUAUUUUACAUACUGCCAGUUGUAAACACAGGACUGCAGGUCAUUCUACAUUGUUUUGUCUGUGAUAUUUUUUAUUGUGUUUAUUUAUAUACUUUUAUAUGUAUAUUUGUCAUUUACUUUUAUUUUUAAUUGCAAUUAUGAUAUCUGUGUACUAAAUAGAUACAAACAGAAAUGAUUUUGUCAAUGAUAAUCAUGCACGAUAAACAAAAAAUAUAUAAACUGUGCCAGAAAUUAUAGUCAGAAAUAAUGUCCAAAAUUAAGAAUGUUAGAUUUAACUGGUAUGUGUUAUGGUAUUCAGCAAUGAUUAUUUACGUCUCUAAACUUUACAAAGCGAGACAUAUUUUGUCUGAACUGUGUUGAUAUGUCAUUUACAUUACCAGCCACAACAUCAAAUCUUCUAGAGGUAAUUCAUAUCUGUUUUUGCUGUAUCCCUGAUACAGUAUGUAAAUUUCCCAAUAUGUAAAAUCUGACCAAACCAUUACUGCAUUUAUGUUUGUUAUAUCCGUAUACUAAAUAUAGAGAGGAAUAAAGAAGUGACUAUU